AUGGUCCCAGAUCUUGACGACAUGCUACCGCCAUUUCCAGCGUUCCCAUUCAGGGGCUUGAAGAGGGCUUUGCAUACUGAGCAUCAACUCACAGUCAUCCACAUAUGGAAUCUCAGUACUGUUUGCUUGCCAACUGGGAAACAAGCGAGGAUCAUCCGAGCACAGCGGGAACCCCUCCAAGAUUCGCCAAGCCCUGUGUCACACGACCUGGAAUAUUCAUUUCCAUUCAACCGCACCGUUCAACCGCCAACACUCUGCGAACCUCGACGAUUCCAACCUUCUUCGCACCAAGCAAAUUCUGCACUCAAGGCGAAGUUUGCCGCCAAAAACGCCACAUCACGAGAGCGUGCAGAUCAGUUCUUCACGAUGCGGACCAAGACCGAAACCGCGACGGCGACAGUCACACGUUUCGCGAUAGAUCCUCCCAUGGCGACUCAACCCUCGAUCCACAUCGGCUCGUUCAACGAUGCCAUUCAACAUGUCGGCGCCCCGGCUUUCGGCUCGACCAUCAUGUUUCUUACGACUGCUAUUGCUGUCUUCCUCUCCACGGCAGCGGUGACCUAUCUCCUGCUGCAAUCCAAGGGCCCUUUGAUGAAGGUGUACUCGGGUCAGAAGGCCAGCUCCGCACAGCAGAGCCCCGAGCAGGACAAGAAGGUUGCACUGGAGUAUGCGAGGAUGGUGACUCUCUGUCAUGUGCUCGUCAUCUUCGUGCUGGUUGUGCGGACGAGGGAGGGACUGGUCACACUUGCGCCUGUGGCGUAUGAGGUAUGUGCAUUGAUCUUGGGCAUCGAGGCGGCGGUUUGCGUGGUUGCGGGUGCUAUUUGGGGCGUUGUGAAGAUGGUGGAGUAUGGAGAAGCGGGUGCGAAGGCGAAAGGGGCUUGA